AUGGCGAAGACGACAAAGCAAAGUGAAUACGAUGCUCCUCCCAGUGAAGCUUCUAAAAUGUCCAGCUACAGGGACUGCAUGUGUAUGAUACUAAAGCUGCUUGCAGAUUUCGGGACAGAGCUCGGACUAAGUGAAGCUGCUUUAAGAAUAGAAGUCAACCCCAGUUCUGUGACUCUUCCAUCAACUCCAACUGCUCAUGUUUACCGCUGCUUGACGGACCAUAUAACAAAAUUACAGGCUGUGUCAGAAAGCUUCAAGUCACUGGUGGAUGCUGAAAGUGUGACUUCUAUCAAGGAAAGCACACCAGAUGAAGCUGUUGCAUCAUCCUCGGUCAAAGAGCACACAGCUGCCUCGCCUGAGCACCAUCAUCACAGCUCAGAGGCGGCUGAGAGCAAGAUGGCGGCUGAUGACAUCAUGGUUCAGAUCAGAGCUGGGAAGUUAGAGAUCGAGCGAAGAAUAUCUGCAUUUAUGGAACGCAAGCAGAUGGAGAUCAAUGAAAACAAUGUGCGCGAGUUCUGCAACGUGAUCGACUGCAAUCAGGAGAACAGUUGUGCCAGAACAGACGCGGUGUUCACUCCCUACCCAGGUUUUAAAAGCCAUGUCAAAGUCACACGGGUAGUCAACACCUACGGGCCCCAGACCCAUGGUGGGGCAGGCCCAGGAGAGUCCGGGGAGCAGCUGAGGGGGGCAGUGACUAGAGACUGUGGAAAUGCUGCCAUAGAAGAACGACUUCAGAACAUCGAGACUCAUUUAAAACUCCCAUCAGUGGGGCCGGUCCCUUUGAGCAUCUAUCAGAGACUCAAGAAGCUGGAGGAUCGUAUUUUAGAGCUAGAGGGACUCUCGCCUGAGUACUUUCAGUCCACGAGUCACCUGCACAAGCGACCAAAGACAUCCCCGGCUCAGGCGUGCAGUCUGACAGAACUGGAUGAGAAGAUCAGUGCAGUGAAAGCUGCUCUGCUGAAGAGGGUGAAUGAAUUUGGGCCGGGAUAUGGAACGGAUUGCCCACUGUGA